CUCGCACCACCCCCAACACACUCACUCAGCAGCCAUGUCGACCCCCUCCUGGACCAUUGUCUUCGCCUGCGACGAGGCCGGCGUCUCGUACAAGGACGCCAUCCUCGCCGACUUCAAGAAGGACCCGCGCGUCAAGAACGUCAUCGACGUCGGCGUCAACAGCACGUCGGACAAGACGCCGUACCCCAACGUGGCCCAGGCCGCCGCGCAGAAGGUGGCCUCGGGCGAGGCUGACCGCGCGCUCAUGAUCUGCGGCACGGGCCUCGGCGUCGCCAUUGCCGCCAACAAGGUCAAGGGCGUGCGCGCCGUCACCGCACACGACCCCUUCUCCAUCGAGCGCGCCAUUCUCUCGAACAACGCGCAGGUGCUGUGCAUGGGCCAGCGCGUCGUCGGCCUGGAGCUCGCUCGCAACCUCGCAAAGGGCUGGCUCGGCCACGUCUGGGACCCCAGCUCGCCGUCGGCCGCCAAGGUCGAUGCCAUCUGCAGCAUCGAGUCGAGCGCAUAGAUGCGUUCCUCCGCUGUAGUGCUUGCUCUGAAUGAUACACCUGCUCCUUGCCCUGCGCCUUUCGUAGGCUGAACAUUUUGUCAGGCGAGUAUCAGCUGCAGUGUGUCUGUGAUGGCUCUUGGGCUCUGGGAGAUUGCUCGCUGCCCUGCGGCCUCGAGAGCACUCUUGCCGAGCUUGUCGCGGUCAGGCGCUUGCUUGUGGCACCGUG